GGCUGUGCUCUCUCUGGCUUCUUUUAAUUCAUCAUAUAGUCUCGUGCAUUUCGCGUGAUAAGUCAGUCGCGUCUCAGACGCCGUAUUGGUAACGUAAAGUACACAAGCCCGGAGAACACAAAUCUUUCUCAUCACAAACAUCACAAUUUCCAUUGCAUUUUAUACCAUUCGUGAUUGCAGUAGAAUCGCGUUUUUUUUUCAUUCGGAUAUUAUUUUUCUACCGAGAGGACUAACACACAAUCAACAAAGCAACAAAAAAAAGUUUAAACAAAAUUUUGAAAUAGCGAUUGUGAUUUGUUCACACGAUCAGAGAAUAGAUAAAUUUUUAAGUGAAAGUUCGUUUGCAUCGUCAAAACUCUUAAGAAGAGUCCACAUAAAAAUUCAUCACUUUCGUUAAGUGGCUAUAAAUUUUAUCCCAUUUCAAUAUUGUGCUGGUUUAAUUUGACAGCCAAUAGACACUUGCGGUUCCAUUUAUUUUUUCAACAAUAAAGAAAAAACAUUCAACAAAAAAAAAACGAAGUUAAAAAUUGAGUGAAAAUUUCAUGUCAAAUAAAAAGUGAAUUGCAACAAAAGGAUUUGUGCGCUGAACACACUCUGACACACACACCUAAACUGAGCGAACAUUAUUUGGAUCGGGUGGUUUGUUUAAUUAGUCGUGCUGGAGGAGAAGAAACAUUGCACAAGAAGGGUUGAUGAACCCUCGACAGGUGUUGAUCUAUUUUAUACACACACAAAAAAAAUCUUUGUCCACAUUUAUUGCUCGCUCUCUGUAUUCUCUCUAUUUUAAUCUGUGUGUUGACUGUCUUAAUUGACUGUUGAGCUGUUUAUAUUUUUUUUUAUUGAUGUUUACACACCAUGUAUCACAACACAUUUGCAUCGCCACCAAGCAAUCAAAUGUAAACUGCAAUUGUCUCGGUAUUUUUUUUAGUAAGUUUCACACACCAACACACGUUGCAUUUGUAAAAGCAAAGGGAAAAAACAUUUUUUUAUUGGUUGUUGUUUGAAUAUUCAAUGUUGUGCUAUAAAAAUCAGUGUUGUGAGGGUGUACACAGGACUUAAAAAUGAAACAUUUUGAACAAUUGACACAAAAAAUUGCCAGCAGGAGAUAAAAAGUAUUACAAACAUUUAUGAUUUCGAAUCGGCAACAACAAUUCUUCAUCUGAGGAUAGAACACUUUGAAUGAACACUGUUUUUAUUUUCCGUUAUUGUUGUUGUUGUGUAUAUGUGUUUAUUUUUUCGGUGUAUAUUUCGAGCGAACAAUUGAACGAUUUGGUUAUGUGAUUUGCACAUCAUCAUCAUCAUAAAGAAAAUGUAAAAGAAAAACGACCAAAUGCAUGAGCACACCAAGCAGCACAGAAACCAUUUCGAAAAAAAACGGAACAUUUUUUUGGCACAAAUACAUCACGCACAGUGCACUUGAUAUUCGAAAGCGCAAUUCAUUAUUUGAUUUCAGAUGUCCUGCUUUUAAGUUACAUUUUUUUUGGUAAAAAAAUCUAACUUUUGCCACUGAACAUUAGUAUUUUAAAUUGAACUUUACCGAAAAGAGACAGCAGAAAAGAAAAAAUUAUUUCAACUGAUUUGAACAUUUGUGAGCACAAGUCAUAAAUCAGGUGAGAAAGUGAAUAUUGAUAUCAUCAUUUUUUCGACGGAUAUAGGCAAAAUCACCAUUGAGCGAAUUGAAAAGAAACUUUCAAAUACACUCUCAAAUAGACACUCACAUUCAAACCUCUAAAACAAAACGAAACGAAAAUCAUUGGACAUGCGAACACGAUUGGCGUCACUGAUUGUCGUAAAACAAGAGCCGCUAACGAACGAAUAUCUCGAGAGUGAACAAAAUGCAUUGAUUGGCCAAACCAAUUACAAUGAAGUAGAUGCACAAUAUUUUGGUCUAUCCGACCGUCAUCGUGACAUUCUGCCAACAUCAAUCCAAUCAAUCGGCGAUCUUAACAAUAACAACAGCAAUUACAUGCAACCAGACGAAUUUAUCGAAGACAAAAAGUGUGCAUCAUCUCUAAUCGCAGCCGUUUUCGCACAACAGCAACAACAGCAUCAAACACAAGAAAAUCUAAACGUUGAGGGAGCCUCCAGCAACGAGGCGCCGAUACAGAAAAUUAAAAGCGAACAUUCAUCAUCAAGUAUGCUGCUUCUUCAGCCGCAGAAUUUUUCGAGUUCAGUUUCUUCAUUUGAUCCUUUAUCAUCAUCUUCAUCAUCACAGCCACAAUCACAAGACCAGUACCAGCAGCAAUCAUCGCAGGCGCAACAAUUUUUCACCGAUUCAUCAGACAUCUUUUCGGAUAUUUUAUUCGGGCAAAAUCAUCAACAACAACAACAUCAGCAGCAGCCGCCACCACCGUCGUCUGUGCAAUCAAAUCAAUUACAUCCGUCGCAACAGUCGAUUGAUUACAAUUUUUCAACGCAAUCGAAUCGAUUCGUGGAACAUUCCAGUUCGUCAAACGAAACGUUGAUAGGAAACACAGACAGUUCGUCGCAUUUUGGAUCAAACGAUAGCAUACCCAAUUCGUUGGCAAUUCCUUAUUCACAUCAACAACCACAACAGCAACCACCACCACAUCAAUCACACCAUCCGGUUGAGCCGGAUCAAAAUAAGAAACUUUUCUUCGAUCGCGAUUCAGAGGACUUGAGCCUAUUGACACUUCGAUCGAACAGUGAUCCAACGAUUGCUUUGCACAGUUUGCAACGGGCUCGAUUGCAACAACAACAACAACAACAACAACAGCAGCAGCAGCAGCAGCAGCAGCAGCAGCACAUUGCAUUGACAGACAUUUCACAAAGUACCCCAGUUCCGGUGCCAGUGUCAUCACAAGCAAACCAAUCAAGCGCCGCCGCUCUUCUAGACUCAACACUUCCAAGCUUUCAAGACACUUACCCCAUCAAAUACAAUCAGUUGGAAACAUUUGGUCUCAAAAUGGACGAAGAUUGUUACAUGCCACAAAAUCAUCAGGCCAACAUCAACUAUCAUCAUGGACACGGACAUCAGCAUCAUGUUAUGCAACAAGAUCACUUUGAAUAUCAACAAAAUCCCGCGCAAUUCAUGACACAAAACUUUUAUCCUUAUGAACAACAGCAAAUGUACGGAACGCCGAUGGCUGCCCAAGACAGUUUCUCAUUGCCGCCGUUCCCGAAUAUCUCUGAAUUGCAUGCAAAUGCCAAUCAACAUCGCCGUGCAUCCUUGCCAUUACAACGCUCCGAAUCAACAUCGAGCACUGAGAGUUCGAAGACGACUCGAUUGAAUCUGCUAAAAUCGAUUCCGAGUGCAUCGAGCUCUGCUUCCAGUUCACCGAAUUGCAUCACCAACUUGGCAUCAGCCGUUGCAUUGAACAAUAAUGAUCCAUCGAUUGUUUCGCGCAACAUUUCCACGGUAGUUCCACAGCCACUUCCGCAGAGCCCGUCGCAAUUGUGCGCCGUUUGUGGUGAUACAGCCGCUUGUCAGCAUUAUGGCGUACGAACAUGUGAAGGUUGCAAAGGAUUCUUCAAGCGAACAGUACAAAAGGGUUCGAAAUAUGUAUGCUUGGCCGACAAAGCGUGUCCGGUUGAUAAGCGACGACGAAAUCGAUGCCAAUUUUGCCGUUUCCAAAAAUGUCUUACCGUCGGCAUGGUAAAAGAGGUGGUGCGAACCGAUUCGCUGAAAGGAAGACGUGGACGAUUGCCAUCCAAACCAAAAUCACCACAAGAAUCACCGCCGAGUCCGCCAGUUUCAUUGAUCACCGCACUCGUUCGGGCCCAUGUCGAUACGACACCCGAUUUAGCUAAUUUAGAUUAUUCUCAGUAUUGUGAUACUGCUGCCGUGUAUGACUCAUCGAUGACCGAAGCAGAGAGAAUUAAACAAUUUUACAACCUAUUGACCACUUCGGUCGAUGUGAUUAAGCAUUUUGCGGAAAAAUUACCCGGAUUCUCUGAUCUGUGCGCCGAAGACCAGGAACUACUGUUCCAAGCGGCCGCACUCGAACUGUUUGUGUUGCGAAUGUCAUACCGUGCACAAUACGAUGAUGCCAAAAUAACAUUCUGUAACGGUAUCGUUUUGCAUCGGGUGCAAUGCCAACGCGCUUUCGGUGAAUGGCUCAACGGCAUCAUGGAGUUUAGCCGUGGCUUACACAUGCUCGAAAUUGACAUCUCAGCAUUUGCAUGCUUGUGUGCAUUGACUCUCGUUACAGAACGUCAUGGCAUCCGUGAACCGAAGAAAGUGGAGCAACUACAGAUGAAAAUAAUCAGCAGUCUUCGUGAUCAUGUUACCUAUAAUGCUGAAGCACAAAGGAAACCGCAUUAUUUCAGCCAUAUUUUGGGCAAACUACCCGAGCUACGGUCACUCAGCAUGCAAGGAAUGCAACGAAUUUUCUACUUAAAAUUGGAAGAUUUGGUCCCCGCACCACAACUCAUUGAAAACAUGUUCGUCAGCAGUUUGCCAUUCUAAAUCGGCCAGACGCUAACGGCAUCCGUAAGCUUAUUUCAAUAAUGACCGCUGCAUUUCAAUAAUCCCUUGAUUUCCUUUUUCGAUUUUAUCCAUGUUUUUAUUCCGGUGUCUGCAUUUUCAAUUGCGCCCUUCAGUGUAUUUUUUUAUUUUUCAAUAUACUUCAUUCACAAGUGCUUAUCGAAUUUGAUAAAUUUAGAACUUUUUAGAUGAAUAUUUUCUCAUAAUUUAAAAAAAAAAAACAAGAUGAAAAUCCAUCACUAAAAAAAUCAAUCCUUUUAUUUACUACGUAAAUGAAGAUUUUACUCAUGUAGCUUUAAAUGUAUAUGAUUUUUGGAUAUCACGAGACUUUAUGAUUUCAACCGAGAAAAAAAAUACACACAUUCUAUGUUCCCGUUCAACACAGAAUCUCUUGAGAAUGAGCAUUAAACACACACAAUUGAUGUCUUAUAAUGUUAGAUAGUAAGGAAGCCAAUCAGUUCAAAGAGAGAUUUUGAUGGAGUAGCUUAGGAACAAACAAUUAUUUUUCUAGUAAUUAAGUGUGAAUUCAAGAAGAAAAAAAAAUCUUAAAGAUGAAAAGAAAAGCCCAAUUUUAUUUGAUAAAAAAAACGUAAUUUUUAGUAUUUAGUUUGAGAGUAAAUAAAUGUUCUAAGGCAACAAUAACAUUGGAUUUUUGUGUACUGAAUCUGAAGUAUCACCAUGGUGAAGUGGAUAUGUUUCAACUCUGAAAAUAAACAAUGUUUCAACUCCUUUCAUUUCUAAUGGGUUGCUAAUGGUCCAUUAAUGGACCCAUCUAAUUAGAUUUGGUGUAUCAAAACCAGUAGCAAAAUUAGCUGUUCUGUAUAGAAAACAAUGUAAUUAUUACUUUGAUUUUGUACGAUUUGAAAAAUCGAAAUUCUGAAUUUAUGACAUAGUUUUAAGUGAUUUUUGUGAUUUCCAUUGAGUUCAAUUGAAUUUCUUUCUUUUCUGAUUUUCUUUUUUGUUGUAAACAAAAUAAAUUAUGUAAGAUUUGCAUAAGUUUUCAUAAGUUUUUUUAAUUUGACAACCGUUUUCACAGUUAAGUUUUAUUCCUUUUUGUUUUUUUUUUUUAAUUUUGAAUAUAUUUUGUUGCGCAACCCUUAAUCCAAUUGAGAAAAAAACACAAGGAGACGAAAAAAAUAUAUGCUAGAAUAGUUUAAAAUAAUAUGUUAUACACUCUAUCAUCAUACUAUUACUCAAUACAACCACAAAAAACAACAACAACAAAAAUCCGACAUAGUGAAUGUAUCCGUUUUAUAUAGUAUAUGUGUGUGCGUUGUUAUGUAGAUACAAUUUUUAUUUGAUUAUUAUUUCUGUUACGUUAGUUUUUUUAUUAUUCAAUUUGUCGAGUUUUAUCCAGUUUUGCUUUGAUCUAUUUCUUCCAUAUUUUUUUGUUAACACAUUUUUUACGUGCUCUAAUUUUUAAGUUUUUUCUAUCGCUGACUACACAUCGUUUGAUCAGGACACAUGUAUAAAAUUCAAUAUUCUUGUUGAUCCGAAUCCAGUGUUGCUUCCCUUCGAUGUAUGUUUCGAUUCAAAGUUGUGUACAUCCGUUAUUUAUGCAUUGCAUCCAUCAAUUAUUCACAUGUUCAUUACCAGUUCUUAUUUGAAAAUUGAAAAUCUGGUAUUAUUGGUUGUUUGUUGAAAACAAAAGCAAAACAACACACCACAUGCGAUUGACGUCAUCCAUUCCGUUUCAGGAACCGAUAAACAAAAAACAACAACAACAACAACACCGAAAUAGGGAAAUUCUGUGGUUUUACUUUUCCAAUUGAACGCAAUUAAAUAUUCAAUUUGCUGAGUCAGACAUUGUCUAGCGCACGAUAUGUUGGAUGAGACCGAAAGUAUAUACACAGCGAUAGAGAGAGGGUGAGUCAAUCAUUUCUCAUAAUUUCUCGAAAAGGAAAAAAAAAACUCAAACCAGAUCGAUUCAAUCGCCACUCGCCUCCUUGCUAUCCGCACAUAAUUGAUUUCUAUUGCCAGUUCCGAAUCGGAUAUUACGACGUUGUGCAUUACCGGACUCGUGCUAAGGCGAUAAUUUGUGUCGAUUUUCUCGUCUUUCAUUCGACAUAAUCAGCAGCAAUUUUGUUGACUAGCUUGCGGUUACGACGUGUCAACACUUGAUUUGUGAAUUACCGGUGUCGAAAUCAAUGGUAACUGACUCGAAUUGAGGGGAUUGAACGCAGCGAAACCAUUGAGCCAUGUUGUUGUUUGAAAUUUCGAAGAAACAAUAAAGACACUUUUUUUCUUUUCCAUUUCCAUUGAACACUUCAGGACGAAAGAUUCUUCAGUGAGAAAAAUAGGCUUGUUCACGAUGUGCCUGAAUGAGCUUCCACCAAACAAUGAACAUUUCGUGUCUGUUGUCACUAUCGGGCAAAUCACCAAAAUUGCCCCUCGGACACUCUCUCUAACUUUCCCUCACCACCCAAAACACAUGACUUAUUUCAAUACUCAAAACUGUAAUUUAAUGGCAUUUGAUUUGAAUGACAAACAAUUUGUUUGGAACAAAUGACGACAGUUCCAGUAAAUAAACAAAUGAUCAACAACUGUGAGCUAAACUAAAAGAGGAAAAUGAUGGAAUGUUAAAAACAUGUGUGUAGCCAGCGCCAAAUUUGUCAUUCAGUAAACGAAAAAAAAGUAACUCUUUCACUGCCUUUUAUUUCUCUUAUUUAGUUACCAUUUAUUUGCCAUUGAUUAAAUACAUAUUAUUUAUACACAACAUAUAUUAUUAUACUCAAAUUCUAAAUGCGAAUUAAUCUGAACAUGAAAUAGUAGGUGUUUGCAAACUAGUUGCCUGAAUAUUGUUUUCCUCUGCUGUUUUCCUUUUGCCAACUAGAGAGCAACAAUAUUUUUAAAAGCAUAAGACAUAAUGGGGAUAUUACAAAUAAUUUCCUUUCUAUGAGAAUAAACAUAAUUAAUCAAACACAUUACAGAAGUUAAACAUAAAAAUCACCAUAAACCUUUCAGUUAAAUCCCGCCUAAAUCAAUGGGUGUUAGACUAGAAAAACAACAUCUGUGUCCAGUAGCAAAACAAAUGAAUUGAACAAUUCAAAGAAUGAACAAGUUUGAUUUACACAAAUACAUACACACCGUAACGAAUGUUGAAAAAGCAACACAAGUGCCAUUUGAAUGAGAUAUUUUUUCAUAUAUGAAACGAAUAAACAUGAAGAAAACACACAUUGAACGAAAAACGAUUUUUAUACAUUGCGUGUAAACAGAGGACAAACAAUAAAUUGUACAAUCUGAAUAUACCUUUAUAAAUUUUCUAUGCGUAUCCAGAUUGUGAACUGGAUUCGAUUUUCAAUCGAUGAGACAAAAAAUAAUGAUGAUGAACUGGUGUUCAUUCAUUGAACACACCGAAUGAAUUUUAACGAUUGCCUUCUCUAUAACAAACAUAUUUUAGUUCUUUUUUUCGUGGAUACUUUUUCAACUGGAGUUAGAGCUUGAGGUUUGCAUUAAAUUGCAUCUUGGUGAUAGGCAAAUGUUUUUUCUAUUUUUUUUAACAAAUGAAAUGAUAUAGAAGAGAAAUUGAUUUGCAUUUAGUAAUGCACGAGAUUUAUAGAAAAGUGAAGAGGAUGCAUCAAAUAGGAAACUGUAUUGCAUUUCAACAGAAAGAAAGAUAAAAAUGAUACAAUAUUUGUUUAGCGAUCAAAACUGUCUCUGUCUCGAGCUGAUCCUCGUCUAUCUCAUCCCUGAUUUCAUGAACAUUGCGAUUAGAGAGUUAACAAUGUUGCGUUACAACGAAAGUGUUGUGCUUAAUGAAUGCGAAAAAAAUUGAAUUAUUUUAGCUAACGUACAUAUUUUGGAACACAAAUACGUUCUCUCCAAGAGAGAGAAUCACUUCGAAACGAAAAUGUCAAAAUUGAAUAAUUUUUUAAAAUGAUGAAUAUGACAAUAUGCUUCAUUUUUCGUUGUGAAUGUGUUUUUUGGUUUGGUCUUAGACUUAUGAAUGUGUCUAGCUAGAGUGUCAAUUCCAAAAUAUUUUUCGUUCAAAUUUUCUUAUUAUUUUCGGAAUCAAACAAAGAUGAAUCGCAUUUUUUUGUCAUCAAACAUUGCGUUAAGAAAAAAUGAAGAAUCAUGAAUGUAACGAAAACAUAUCUCUCCUUCGACCCCUCCAACAAACAAUUUAUGAUUAAGAAUUUAAAUUGUUAUAACCGAUCUAAUGCGCACUUGCUAUCUCAUUUAAAUAUAAAUAUACAUAUAUAUAUUUUUCUAAAAGAAUGUGUCUGGGCGAUGCAAUGCAAUCCGAAUAUAUCGAAGUGAUUUUUAUCAUCGAUAUCUCAAUGGAUUCGCAUUGACUUAUUUAAUGAAUGAACAAUGUUAAGAAUAUAUAUAUAUAUACUUGUUAAGUUCAAAACAACAGAUGCACUUAAAUAUUAAAUUAGCUAAAACUCUAAACUUAAUACUCCUAAAAUGAACCCUUAUACACAAUAUUAUAUUCUUGUUACAUUUAAAUAUAGAUUAUUUCAAGCAAAAA